AUGGGCGGUAAUCAAGCCAUGCGCGAUACAGUGGACAUGCUCCCAGCCAUUCUAAAUCUUGCAAAGAAAUCCAUGAAAAAUACAAUCACCGAACAAGACUAUACAAAGGAGGUAAAAGAGUACGAGAUAAAGAUGUCGCCGUGCGCCUUUGGGUGGGUGAAAGCCAGCGGCGGUUCCGGAGAAUUGGUUGCGCCGAACCUGGAUGGGUAUAAAGGAUGGCUGACUGUUUUUGUCAUUUCGCGCGCACUAUAUCUGGCAUGGCUAUACGGAGCUGUUCUCAGUUUCUUUGGUUUCGGACCAAAGGAUGAUGCCCUCGAGCUGCGCGACUGA